AUGUGCAGCACAGACGUCACCCUAGCUGCGAUAAUGGCCGCUCUAGCCAGCGAAGUCAUCAUCCACCCGAUGGACACGAUUGUGACUCGUAUGCAAUCCGCCAACUACACUCAAAUAUACAAACACACCAACGGAAGCAUAAGCCAGUCACUCUACAAGGGACUCUACCAAGGCUUCGGCCCAACCCUGAUAGCAGGAACCAUCGGCUCAGCAGCUUUCUUCACAACCUAUGAAACAACAAAAUCGGCAUUCGAGGAUGCACGAUCUGCAGGCUAUCUGACUAGUGUACCACGGCCGGUUGGUCAUGCAGUCAGUAGUGCAGUAGCCGAGCUACUCACUUGUGCUAUUGUGAAUCCGGCCGAGGUGCUGAAGCAGAAUGCUCAGGUGUUCCAACACGCAGGCGGAAAGUCUCCGACGAUAGAGAUGUUGCGAAUGCUAAGGAAGCGACCUUCGUCAUUAUGGGCUGGGUAUACCACUCUGGUGGUGAGCCAAUUGCCUGGGAUGUGCCUGGCCUUCACCUUGUAUGAGAUGUUCAAGGAGGCUUUGCUGGAAAGACGACCGGCUAGUGGUACUGGUUCACAGCUUCAGGCGAUCGUGCUGAGUGCCUGUGCUGCUGGAGCAUGUACAUCUUUGCCUUUUGUCCCCAUUGAUGUAGUGAAGACGCGGAUGAGACUUGCGGUUGGUGAGCAGGCAACGGGAAGUCAUCAAGUCCGCAAGGCGGGAACGGGGCUGUCUCGUGUGGGUGCAUUUGCCGUUGCUGGCGAUAUAUUGCGCAAGGAGGGGAUGUCUGGUUUAUUCCGAGGGUCUGUUAUGACAUGCGUUGCUGGGGUGGUGGGGAGCGGGCUUUACAUUGGCUGCUAUGAGGGGAGUAAGCUUUACUUCCUCGGUGUGAACCAAAAGGUUUCUGCGGAUGAUGCCCUCUUUAGUGUAUGA